GUCCCUUCACCCGGGCUCCGCUCUUGCCUUCUCCACACUUGUUUGAGGGAAGUCCGGCCGCAAUUGCUGAUGGACUGUGGAAUUCUGCUGUGUCCUGUGGUCAUCCCAGAGACCCCACGCCGUGUCCGUCCGGGAGCGCGUCUCGGUGGACGCUGCGCCGAGCGACUAGAGGGAUGCUAACUGGAGCCAGCGCCGUGUUCGCCGCAGCGUGCGUGCGUGUGUGGGAGCGCGCGUGAGUUUCCCUGACACGGGGAACAGUUAUGAAUCGGGGGUGUGUGUUUGCCUCCAGAGACCUGGCAAGGUGCGGAACCCUGCAGAAGUGUGGUCAAGCGGCAGCGGCGGCGGCAGCGGCAGCAGCGGAGACGACCAGCCAGGAGCCUCGCCCCGCGUAGCCUGCUUUGCAGUGAUGCGGCGGAACCCCGGGAGAAAGUUUGCAAACUUCCAGCAGGCGCUGCAAGGACACCGGGUCACCUAGGGGGCGGGCGGGCAAGUGUGCCGGAGGCUCGCUUUCUCUCGGUACCAAGCCGGCUGUUGCCACCUCUCCCGCAGGGCUGCCCGCUGCAGCUGGUGGGCGCGCGCGCGCCCUGGGAGGGGAGGUCGCCUCGCUGGGCACUUGACUUUCACUCCAGGCGCUCCGGGCUCGUGAGUGACGAGGCUGUUUGUCAGCUCGCGUGCACUCCUCCAUCCGCCUCUUUCUCGCUGCCAUCAUUACCUCUUCGCCGCUGCCCCAAAUGACAGCUCGCGGUGGCGCCCAGACAGUUCUCAGCACCGGCGGUGGAAGACUUCCUCUGCGGCAGAUUCAACCCAAACACUUAAACUUUUUACGAAGUUCUUAGAGGGGCAAGACACGAAGGAACUAAGGAGAUGUUUUCUCCCGGGGGCUGCAUGCCGCUUCUUCUGUGCCUUAGAUUUAUUUCCUGGGGGUGUCUGAUAGAUAAAGCCUCCAGUUUACCCUCAACGAGUGCCGCCCCCCACUUGAUGAUGCUUGUUCAAGGCCGGGAAUUGGAGUGUGCUGCUUGUAUAUUUCGUUGUCAGAGUCUGCAGAGUGCGUUUGGUUAUUUUUAAAAAUUUUUUUAUUUUUCCCUCUUUCUGACAUGUGUCAAGGAAUAAAGGCUGGAUACAGGUCCAUUACGUCAUUCUGCAGGCCAAUUUAUGAGGAAUCCAAGAUGAAUUUGGAGCAGGAGAGGCCGUUUGUCUGCAGUGCCCCAGGCUGCUCCCAGCGCUUCCCAACAGAGGACCAUCUGAUGAUUCAUAGGCACAAGCAUGAGAUGACUUUGAAGUUUCCCUCAAUAAAAACAGACAAUAUGUUAUCAGAUCAGACUCCGACCCCCACGAGAUUCCUGAAGAACUGCGAGGAGGUGGGCCUCUUCAGCGAGCUGGACUGCUCCUUUGAGCACGAGUUCAGAAAGGCUCAGGAGGAGGAGAGCAGCAAGCGGAAUAUUCCGAUGCACAAUACAGUCGGUGGGGCCAUGACGGGGCCCGGAGCUCACCAGCUUGGCAGUACCCGGAUGCCCAACCAUGACACCAGCGUUGUGAUUCAGCAAGCCAUGCCAUCGCCCCAGUCCAGCUCUGUCAUCACACAGGCACCUUCUACCAACCGCCAGAUCGGGCCUGUCCCAGGCUCUCUAUCUUCUCUGCUACAUCUCCACAACAGACAGAGACAGCCCAUGCCAGCCUCCAUGCCUGGGACCCUGCCCAACCCUACAAUGCCGGGAUCUUCUGCCGUCUUGAUGCCAAUGGAGAGACAAAUGUCAGUGAACUCCAGCAUCAUGGGGAUGCAAGGUCCAAAUCUCAGUAACCCCUGUGCUUCUCCCCAAGUCCAGCCAAUGCAYUCAGAAGCCAAAAUGAGGCUGAAGGCUGCAUUGACUCACCACCCUGCUGCCAUGUCCAACGGGAAUAUGAACACCAUGGGACACAUGAUGGAAAUGAUGGGCUCCCGGCAGGACCAGACGCCACACCACCACAUGCACUCACACCCGCAUCAGCACCAGACGCUGCCAGCCCACCACCCCUACCCGCACCAGCACCAACACCCAGCACACCACGCUCACCCUCAGCCCCAUCACCAGCAGAACCACCCACACCACCACUCGCACUCCCACCUUCACGCACACCCAGCACAUCACCAGACCUCGCCGCACCCGCCCCUGCACACCGGCAGCCAAGCACAGGUUUCACCAGCCUCGCAACAGAUGCAGCCAACCCAGACCAUACAGCCGCCCCAGCCCACAGGGGGACGCAGGCGAAGGGUGGUGGAUGAAGAUCCCGACGAAAGGCGGCGGAAAUUUCUGGAACGGAACAGGGCCGCUGCCACCCGCUGCAGACAGAAGAGGAAGGUCUGGGUGAUGUCACUGGAAAAGAAAGCAGAAGAACUCACCCAGACAAACAUGCAGCUUCAGAAUGAAGUGUCUAUGCUGAAAAAUGAGGUGGCCCAGCUGAAACAGUUAUUGUUAACACAUAAAGACUGCCCAAUAACAGCCAUGCAGAAAGAAUCACAAGGAUAUUUAAGUCCGGAGAGUAGUCCUCCCGCAAGUCCUGUCCCAGCUUGCUCACAGCAGCAGGUCAUCCAGCAUAACACCAUCACUACUUCCUCGUCAGUCAGUGAGGUGGUGGGAAGCUCCACCCUCAGUCAGCUCACUACUCACCGAACAGACCUGAAUCCAAUCCUUUAAAAUGCACGGGUCAGACCUUGCCUCCAAGAAGAGCUGUAGCAUACCAUGCACCCUUUCUCCUAAGGGCAUUUUUAGAAUUAACUCAGAGCUGGAAGACUCCUCAGCCCUUCAAAGACUGGCUUUCAUUUUUAUAGUUACUAUGGAAAUGUUGUCUUUUAUACUUAGUUAUAUAAGAAAAAAAAAAGGGAGUUAUGCAAUUAAUAUCUGUCGGCUUGGGAAACGCUUUGGUGCUUUUCUCCAAUUUUCUGGUACCAGUUACUUGUUUAUAAACGGAACCUCUUCUGUAUAUAGCCAUGGUUUCCUUCUUAUCAGUCCAGCCCUUUGUCUGAAACAAUGACUCUUGUUAAAACACAGCUUUUAGCCAAAAUGAGGCAUACCUAGAUGUCAAGUGAGACUGAUCAAGGUAACUGGGUAGGAAAUCUGAUGACGUCAUAACUCAUGUUGAGCUUGCGCUGUGACAUCACCAGAAUCCCAGAUUAAACAUACAGCCUUUCCGCAACUGUUUCUGUCUUACCAGAAAACAAAUUAGAAGAUCCACCCACGUCCUAAUAAAACCACCAAGCACCUCCCCUCCUCUCCUCUUCUCUUGGUCCACUUGCUCAAAUGCCCAAUUUCCCUCUCUAUUUACACUUUAUCUUGGGCUCCCUGUUUACUCUUCAUUUUAACCUUCUUCUGUUUUAUGUUUUUCCCCUUUAGCAUUACAUGUGAAGAAAAAAAAUAAUGUUUAAAGAAAAGAAAAAGCAAACCUCAAAAAUAUGGACUUAGCCAUUGCUUCAUUUGCCUGUAACCCACAGCUGGAGUUCAUUCAAUUCUCACUUUUUACAAAAUAGUAACCAGGAGAUGUUUAAUGUGCCUGAUUUAAGGUUUUUAAUAAUCAGAGCAAAUAAAGGUGGUUUAGUUAUAGGUGAAGCACUGUUGAAUGCCAGCUGUGGAGACAGUAGGAGAGGGAGAUUUGUAAGCCCCAAUUGUGAAAGUCCAAAUUAUGUUUCGGGGCUAUAACAUCACACCCUAGAAUUACAACUGGUUUUAUACAACCUGUCUAUAAUGUUGAAAAUCCAUGCACUAUAUAAUAAUUCAGAAGGGCUCUAUUCACUACACAGAUUACAUUGUUCAAUCAUCAGCUGCUAAUAGCCUAAGAUUUAUUAUUAUUUUUUUUUUCUUAAGCCUAUAGAACUAGCUCUGCUGUUCUGGUGGGUGAAAGCAGACUCACUCCUGUAGAAAGCAAGUCCAGUAUUUCCCUGGGGUGCUCUCAGCUCCCAGAACAGUCACGGCGCUCCGUGGCUGCUGACGGAAUCCCAUGGAUAUAAGUGGCAGAGGCUGCUCACUCCACCCUUCUGAAUAAUUCUGAUUUAUAUGUUCAACAGCUUACGUGAACUUGCCCAUUAUAAAAAUAAAAAAAAAUAAAAAAAAAAAAACAGAUAGGACCCAAACCACAGUCGUGCCUCCUUGGAACAAGCCAUUCUACUGUGCUCAUGUUUAAUAUUGCAUUUCACAAAUAAUAGGGGCUAGUGUUUCUCUCUAGCAGUCUAGGCAGGUGCUGGUGUUUCAUCUCCAUUUGAAUGCUUGACCUCCGUGUGUGUGUGUGUGUGUGUGUGUGUGUGUGUGUGUGUGUGUUUCUGUAUGGGUUUUAAAACCAACAGUAUUUUACAAAAAGUGUCACUUUUAUAAGAAUUCAGAAAAGGGAAGGAUGUGGCUUUUUUUCUCUCACCAUAGUUUAAGAAUCUAUUUUGGAGAAGAAAAAAAAAAAGGAGAAAAUAUGAGGACCAUGAAGCAUGAUUUUUAUAACUAGUUCCAGUUUUAUCUAAUAACUUACUU